AUCUCCAAACAGAGUGUCAAACCCGUCGCAAGUCAAGAGCAAACAAGCUCUUGCAAUUUCUCAUCCACCCAUGCAAGUAACCAUAUAGCAUCGAGCACCCUUUUCUUGCAUUCAUUAUGCCUCGACUCGUGCGCCGUCAACCGCUUUCCGAGCGUAUUGCCAAUUUCUUCAACCCUUGGGACUUUCUGCUAUGGAUUUCAGAGGAGAUUGACUCUAGCGACUGGGCUCAGCUAGAGAAGGACUGGGCACAACCUUUGGGAUUCGGGCUUAAUUUUGUGUUCUUGAUUGCUCGAGCAAAUAGCGCGACAGGGCCGAGCAGGGCUGAUUAUGACAUUUUUGGAGAUGAUCGCAGCAGUUUGUCGUUGAUAAGCUGGGCUGCUACUUUUAUUGUCCAUCUCCUCACAUUGUUCUCAUUAACGAACACUGUCUACACAUUCUGGCGGAAACGUCGAUACCGUCUUUUCGAAGCCUCGAUCGAUAAAAUACCAGCAACACCGUCGGCGCAACGUGUAAAAGUGUCGUCAACUCCCGUGUCCACUUCUCCGAUUGGUUACAUUCGAAAUAUACUCUCCGGUGAGACGGCGGAGUCACGCCGACAUCCAGAUCCAAAGCGAGAUGUCUGGGAAAUCGCUGUUUGGGAUCCGUUUCCCUUAUCACUACGUCUAUUCUGUUCGUUCAGUCCAGGUCACGUACUUGUCUACUGGCUUUUUUUGCCGACACUCCCCUCCGAUCCUCGACCAAGCGUAACAAUUUUCACUACCAUUGUCCUUGCUAUCCUCCUUUCCGUACAGAUGUCAUUUCUUUCAUCUUCAUUCUCCCAACAAUCUAAGGAUUUAGCGGUGGUACACAAGGAAGUCAUGCAUGAAUAUGACACUAAAUUUGUUCAUCCUCGAACGCAGCCGCUUAUGCGAGACGUAGGCGUCCAGUUCUCUGAGGAGCACAUCAAACAUGCCGCGUCGGACGAGAAAUACAACCAAGUCGAACUCUGGACACCCACGCACAUUAUUAAUCGGGGCUUUAAAACGAGUCCAAAUCCAAACUACGUUGCCUACGUUGACCCCGAGUCAACAGGAAGCAAGGUGUCGCCUUCUCGGCGGCAGUCGUUCAUGCCGGCCAAUUCACAGGCUGGUGCCCAGUUACAGACACCCAUUCAUCUACGAGACAGCUCGCCGAUAGUUCAACAUCAAUUAUCGAACGUCCGCCAGCCGCAAUUUAGACCGCUAACGGCGUCCCUUGGUUCUGGUGACGGUGGUAGUCUCGGAGUCUACUCUCAUGCAAAUUCUCCUCUACGAAAGUCAAUGUCUACUAAUUUUACUGCAGAUAGACAGGGGUCUACACCUAGUCUUAAUGAUAGGCUUUCCGCUUUAACGCCUGCAAAGAAAGCAUCAAGUCCCUUGAAGCGGACCAGCACACCGGGAGGUUUCAGCACAUCAUCUGUUGCGCAGCCUCGUUGGGGGCAUCUGAAUGAUGCUCACCGGCGAGAGAGUGGGCGUUUCUAGUUGCAUCCACGAGUAACUAGGGCUAACACUCAGAUUGUGCGCUUCCAUAUUCCAUUGUUUUUCAUGAAGGACCCCAUGACCCUAUUGCAUCCAUGUAUAUGAA